AUGAGACUUACGCUCGAUUAUCUUGUGGCUCUCUUGGCAAGUGCAACGUCUCACGAUGCUACCGCACGAGUGGAUGCGGCAAAAGCUAUUAACAAAUACGUGGUCGAUGCCGACAAAGAUUACUAUCGUCUUCUGCUCCAACUUGUAUCAGACCAGACAAAGGACCCGGGCAUCCGCAAACAGGCUGCAAUCCAAGCAAAAAACUUCAUGCGUUUCGUCGACGUCGCCAUGAGGCAGCACCAUUUAGAGGUUUGGCAUGCGUUUAGACAGCGAGAACGUGCAGAUUUAGUGAGCUCUUUGUUCUCAUCUCUGGCUGAUCCCGUGGUGAGCAUGUACAUGGCAAACAUAUUGAGCGCCGUUCUAGAGGCAGAGAUGGCGGUCGCUCACAAUUCAGUUAAACUAAUAUUAGACAACAUUAGAAUCGUAUACAUGGAUGCAAAACAGGCCUCUCCUAAGAUGCGUGAGGAAGUGCUCAAUAUUUUUGUAUAUUUCUACGAGGAUGUUUCCCCCGCCGAAGCACAGAAACUGGAUGACCCCAGUGGUAUCGUUGAAUUCUGCGUCAAGGACGCCAUAGGGACUGACCCUACACCUGGUACCAUGUCUGCUGGACUAAAGAUCCUGACCCAGAAGUUCAAGUAUGGGGCACUCGACCCAACGUUUGUUUGUCAGCUAUUGGGAGUACUCCUUUCCCUUGGCGCCUCUCACUCAGUUCUUCUUACUACUCCUAUCAUGGCCAUGCUAAUUGCUCUUCUCACUACGUCCCCUGAUGCUCUUACGGUCAACGAUGGGAUGAAUACACAGGUGUCGCUGCCUCUAUCACUGGCCGUGCGCAUAACAACCUUGGCCAAAACAGCUUACAUUGCUCAGUCAGGGAGCCCAGAUGCAGAACAGGCGCACCUGGAGCUGCAAGCCCAACUCCCUGGCGGAUGUCUGCCAUCUGGUUAUUACCACGACCCACUGGCGAACAUCUUGGCUGUCCUGGAGUUCUGGAAUGUCAUGGCAACAACCCAGCUCAUAGGUCGUUCAGAAUUCUCUGCCACCAUGAUGGAGUCCUUGGUUUCGGGGGUACUUCUCCCUCUUAUUUUCUCCGACCAAUUUACCGAGCAGAGCAUCCAUGCAACAGAUGUGGGGAACAUAAAGGACGCUGCAUCGAUAACCCUUGGGUAUAUAGUGUCAUCUAGUGUUCACUUUUACACCAACAUGUUUCCGCUAGUCUUUAAGUCCCUCGAAGCAUUGUUCCAGACUGGGCCGUGCAAAGACCCCAGUAACCUAACGGGCUGCCUGCAGGAUCUAAAUAUUUUCCUCAUCAUUAGAGCAUUUAUCUGUAAAGUGGCAGACGGGCUACCAGAGUCUCAUACCCUGACACCCCAAAUCACAUGGCUUCUCAAUCUGACCUUCGAUCGGGUGUCCUUUAUUGUGACACAAAAUGCAACAGAAGGACUUCCCCACUUUAUGCCGUCUUUAUCUGUUUUGGCUGCAGAGUUGGUUACACGGCUGGCCGAGCAAAUGCCGAAACGCCUUACACCGCUUAUAGAGUUGUACCUCAAUAAGUGUGUCCAGCCCCUUCUGUAUAACAAGCUACCAUCCGGAAAGAUAAUGGGAUACGGGCUCCAAGUCUUUACAUACUUCUAUGAGAACGCAGAAAUAUGCCAAUAUCUCAUAGCAUAUCUACCUCCAAUCCUACAGCAUGUAACCACGGAGAUAGCCAAUUUUGUGCUUUCAAAGGACGAGGUGAAUGCCGGCGCCCUCAUUCAAGCGGGGAAUCAGCAUGCAGAGCUUAUAACAGCCUGCUUUUCCGAGGCAAACAGCGUGGAAGGUCUCGAUAAGUGCCUCUCGUUCUUUAUCACUGUGCUAAAAGAUAUUGGGCCUCGUAUCCUGACGUCUAAUGGCGAUGAGAUGCCUGCAGGGACCUCCUUCAUGGAGAUGGUCCUCACGUAUAUGACCCAGACCUUGGUAUCGUACGCCUAUUGCAGCUCGAAGAACUUCAAUGUCGAUUUGAUCCUAUCAGCGCUUACACUUGUGUUGCAGCUACUUCUAGAAAUUUAUACCAGAGUAGAUCUAGAUAAGGUGCAAAUGGCUGCCGCAGACUUCAUUAUCCAGGCUAUCUUCAUUGAGAACUUGAUCCCACAAAUCAGCACCUGUAUCCAAGAGUGGCUUCAGCCCGGAGUAUCAGUUUCCACAUGCUCGACCCCUGGGAGCACAAGCUCUGAGCGGCCAACCCUUCUCGCCAUCUGCGGUCACUUCAUCGAGGUGAAUGUAGAUGCCUACCACACACAUCACACGUUUGUGGCAUUGGUGCAAAGUCUGCUCCAUCUAACCUCUCCGGACAAGAUGGAGCUUGUUUAUAAAAUAAUGCUCUCGCGAUUCAACGGUGCAUCUACUAUAAAGACAAAAGAGGCAAUCGUUCUUCUUUUGUUUGAAGCAACACGCCUGAGAUACCUUUCCUUCCAGUCUGAUUCCUUUGGGUCACAGGCCUGCCAGUGCUAUACGAAGCCUAUUGAAGAGCUCUAUAGGCUUCUGAAGGACUGCUCGCUGCUAUGCAAGAACGGCGUAAGAACAGAUAAGCGGGGCCUCAAGUAUGUCUCUGUUGAUCUAGCUCAGCUCUCUAAAGCCACAGUAAAGCUCUUCGAGAUGGUCCUCUACACGUCUGUCACGAACACGAUUCCUUUAGAUGUCUUUCUAGAGUCUAUGAGCGGCUCUAUUGAGACCAUCAUUCAGUGUCAUACCUACGAAGAUGAAUCCAUCCAGCUCAAUCUGAAGAUGAUCUACAACAUGCCGUUUAAAGGCAUCUUCCUGUCGAUGUUCACCAUUGCCUCUGCGCGCGUGGCAAUGCUCAGCAACUAUGCAUGCCGUUCUUCUAUUUACUCGUUCCUGAAGAAGAUCUCUAACGAGGUCGAGGGGGAGGUUGAUCCUAAUUACAGCGAGAUCCAUCGCUCCUUCUUGAAUGCCUGCUCGUCGCUGAUCACUGGAAGUUGUGUUGACAAGUAA